AUGGCAACUGCAUUUAUUGCUGCUAAGCGAAGCAAAGAUCCAGAAACUCAAGUUGGAGCUGUAAUUGUAGGAAAAAAUAAUAAAAUUGUUGGAAUAGGUUAUAAUGGUAUGCCAAGAGGAUGUGAUGAUAGCAAAAUGCCAUGGGGGAAAUGUGAUGAAAAUCCUUUAAAUAAUAAAGGAAUGUAUGUAGUUCAUGCUGAAAUGAAUGCAAUUGCAAACAAAAAUUGUGAAUCAUUAGAUGGUUUCACAAUGUACUCUACACUGUUUCCUUGUAAUAAUUGUGCACAAAUGAUAAUACAACAUGGUAUAAAAGAAGUUGUUUAUUUUGAAGAUAGACCAAUGAAGGAAGCAAUGAAAGCUUCAAGGAGUAUGCUUGAAAUGUGCAAUAUUAAACUUCGUCAAUGGGAAAGAUCUAACAAACAAUUAUCUAUAGAUUUUGCAACUGGAAAAUGUGUCUUGGAGGAAAAAGUUCUUUAA